AUGUCUACUAAUAUUAUCACGUCUCUGACGCCAAACCAGGUGAAUGAUGAGUUGAACAAGAUGCAGCAGUUUAUUAAAAAAGAGGCGGAGGAGAAAGCCAGGGAAAUUAGAUUGAAAGCAGACCAGGAGUAUGAAAUUGAAAAGACAAAUAUUGUUAAUAAUGAAACAAAUAACAUCGAUGUCAAUUAUGAGGCAAGGCUAAAGAAGAUUUCUUUGAAGCAGCAGAUUCUCAAGUCUACAAUUUCUAAUAAGAUUAGAUUAAGAAUCUUAGCACAGAGAGAAGCAUGCUUGGAAGAGAUUUUUGAUGAAACAAAGGGCAACUUAAAGCAAUUGGUCAGUGACGAGGGCAAAUACAAGACCGUGAUGUCUAAUUUGAUCCUUGAGUCUGCGCUAAAGUUACUAGAACCACGCAUUGUUGUUAAGUUGGUGCAAAGAGACCGUGAUUUGGUCGAAUCAUUACUUGAUGACGUAAAGGAAGAAUACAAGAAGCAUUUCACGAAGGAUCUUGAAAUUGUCAUAUCCGAUGACUACCUCAGUGAGAGUGUCUUCAUGGGUGGUGUUAUCGUCAGCGAUUCCAAGGGUAAGAUUGAACUAAACAACACUUUGGAUGAAAGAUUGAACCUAUUGAACCAUGCAGCUUUACCGGCCAUUAGACUCGAAAUGUUUGGUAUUUCAAAGACGAGGAAGUUCUUCGACUGA